AUGAAACUUUUGAAAGUGAUGACAAGCUUAUGCCUAUUAACGGCAUUAGUAAUCAUCUUUUGGAUGAAGUUAGAGAACAAUAAUGCCGCGCAUGCACGUCAGAACGAAGACUCCAACCGACACGAUCAUCACCAAAGUGUAUCCAAAAAUUGGCAGCAAACACAGCAAACAUCGCAUCUUGGUUUACAAACUCCGAAAAAGCAUCAACAGCGCAGAGGCGAUUUCUUCCAUUCUUACACUCGAAUGAAUGUUACAGUGUACACUAAACAGUCACUCAAUGGCAGUUGGACACUCGACCAGCCAAUCUGCUGUAGCGUACCUGUAUUCAGAUCUGCCAAGUUAAGAACUAAAGCCGGUCCAGUUGAUAUCUAUAUUCAUGAUCCUAGGAAGGAUACUUGGGUAAGUGCCGCUCUGACAAGGGUUGAAACAUGGGAACAGAACACCACGGAACUGAUCAGCAAAAUUUUACAGGCAGAAGCAGAUGCUGCUCUUCUGGAUAUUGGCGCCAACAUCGGAGUGUAUACACUAACUGCAGCAAAGCUUGGGUUCAAGGUCAUAGCUGUCGAGCCUCUUAAAAUAAACGUACAGAGGAUAUGUUCUUCUAUUCAUGCCGGGAACUUCACGAAAAAUGUAACAAUAGUACGAGGUGCACUAUCAAAUAUUUUGCAGAAAGUCAAUCUUGGAAUCGUUGUUAACAAUGUCGGCGGAUCCUUUGUCCUACAGGGUAAAAACGCCAAGAAAGCCAAGUCAACUUUGGUGACGGGAAAAUAUCAAGAUAUCGUUUGGACUUCCAGGCUUGACGAUAUCUUACAACUUCCUGGAAUCGAUUUCAAAAAGAUCAUUAUAAAAAUGGAUGUUGAAGGUUAUGAGAACAAAGUUUUGAAUGGCGGACAAUGCUUUUUCGAUCGAGUUAAGGUACCGGCAGUAUUGAUGGAAUGGAAUUAUCAUAAAAAUUCUUUGAGUGGGAAAGACAUAUUAGACUUUUUCAAAAAAAGGAAUUAUACUGCGUAUGAUCCUAUGAAAACUAUGAAGUUAGACGUUACCUAUUCGAACCAAUGGCCAGCUGAUAUUAUAUGGAUAAAAAAUUGUAAAACAUUCAUGAGAGACGUUCGUGAUCCAGUAUCAGUGUAG